GCCACUGAACGCUGAGCAGUCAGUGUGUCUCUUGUUCCAAGAUCACUCGUCUGAGUAGUCUCUGACUGGAAAAUUGCUGGGGUCAUCAGAGCCCGAUUGAAUUACUCACCUCCAAGCAUUAAAUCACCCCGCCAAGCUGAGGGGGGCCCUGGACCUGGGAUGGCGCCCGCUGUCAGCUGCUGCUUUUUGGCAUUGCUGCUUUCAGCCAGCUGUGAAGUUGUCACCUCCACAGAGCAGAUGUGCAUUGAGAAAGAAGCCAAGACAAUAUACAACUGUGAAAAUUUAGGUCUCAGUGAAAUUCCUGACACUCUACCAAACACAACAGAAUUUUUGGAAUUCAGCUUUAAUUUCUUGCCUACAGUUCAAGAUACAACCUUCAGCCAACUCCUAAACCUUACCUUUUUGGAUUUAACCAGGUGCCAAAUUAACUGGAUCCAUGAAAACGCUUUUCAGAGCCAUCCUCAGCUGAGCACACUUGUGUUAACUGGAAACCCCCUGAUAUUUGUGGCAGAAACAGCACUUAAUGGGCCCAGAUCACUGAAGCACCUGUUCUUAAUCCAGACGGGAAUAUCUAGCCUUGAGUUUAUCCCAGCACACAAUCUGAAAAACUUGGAAAGUUUGCAUCUUGGAGGCAACUAUAUUUCCUCAAUUAAGUUCCCCAAAGACUUCCCAACGGGGAAUCUGAAAGUCUUGGAUUUUCAGAAUAACGCCAUACACUACCUUUCUAGAGAAGACAUGGACUCUCUGAGACCAGCUACCAACCUGAGCCUUAACUUCAAUGGCAAUGACAUUAGAGGUAUUGAACCUGGGACUUUCAAGUCAACGGUCUUCCAAAGUUUGAAUUUUGGAGGGACUGUUAACUUGUCUGUUAUAUUCCGUGGUCUGCAUAAUUCUACUAUUCAAUCUCUUUGGCUGGGGACAUAUCAGGACGCUGAAGACCAAGAGUUGAGUCCAAUCAUGUUUGAGGGGCUUUGUGAAAUGUCUGUCGAGAGCAUGAACCUGCAGAAUCAUUAUUUCUCUAACCUCUCCUUGACCACAUUUCAGUGUUUUACGCAUCUCCAGGAACUGGAUCUGACAGCCACCCACUUGCACGAAUUGCCACCUGGGAUUAAAGGUAUGAAUUUGCUGAAGAAAUUAGUUCUCAAUGUAAAUAGCUUUGACCAAUUGUGUCAAAUCAAUGCUGCUAGUUUCCCUUCCCUUACACACCUCUACAUCAAAGGCAACAGACACAAACUUCAACUUGGUGUUGGCUGUUUAGAAAAAUUAGAAAACCUGCAGACACUCGACUUAAGCCAUAAUAACAUUGAGGCUUCUGAUUGCUGCAAUCUGCAACUCAAAAAUCUGCCCCACUUGAAAAGCCUGAACCUGAGCUACAAUGAGCCCCUCAGUCUCCAGAAUGAAGCAUUUAAAGCAUGUCCUCAGCUAGAACUCCUGGACUUGGCACGCACUAGCUUAGCUGUUAAGGCUACACAAAGUCCUUUCCAAAACCUUCAUUUCCUACAGGUUCUGAAUCUCUCUUACUGCUCCCUUGAUACCAGCAACCAGCAUCUUCUAGCAGGCCUGCCAAAUCUCCGGCAUCUGAAUUUACAGGGAAAUCGCUUUAAGGAUGGGAAUAUCCCAAAGACCAGCCCAUUUCAGAUGGUGAGCACUUUGGAGAUUCUGGUUUUAUCCUCCUGUGAUCUCUCUUCCAUAGACCAGGAAGCCUUCCACAGCCUUGGAAAUGUCAGUCAUAUAGACUUAAGCCAUAACAGCCUGACAUCCAGUAGCAUCAGUGCCCUCAGCUGGUUUAAGGGCACCUACCUCAAUCUGGCCACCAAUAGCAUUCGCAUUAUCCCAGCACAUCUCCUCCCCAUCUUGUCCCAGCAGAAAAUCAUUCGCUUAAGUCACAAUCCCCUGGACUGCACUUGCUCAAAUAUUCAUUUUUUAACAUGGUACAAAGAAAAUGUGCAAAAACUCAAGGACUUUGAGGAAAUCAGGUGUGCAAAUCCCCCGUCGCUACAGGGAGUCCAGCUAUCUGAUGUCACACUGUCCUGUGGGAUGACAGCCGCGGGCAUUUUCUUUCUGACAGUAUUUUUGUUCUUGUCAGCUGCUCUUCUCAUCUAUACAGUUAAAUUCUUUCUCAGGUGGAAAUAUCAACACCUUUAGUGAUGAAGGCUUCGGGGAAGACAAAUAAACGUGUUUAUCAAAAUUGCCCCAAGUGGAGAAGCUGUCCUCUGUGGGUGAUCGAACUUUUCGGAUGGUUCCUGGUGCUGGGCUGGGACUGACUGUCCUUUUCUGAGCUUUUUACUCUGGCAAACCUUCCAUGGGGGGUAAACUGACUCAGACCAAAACCCAGACACUGUUGUGAAAGACACAGAGCCAUUUAUUUGUGUAGAAGAAGGUGGGCAGGAGGUGAGGGAGGGGUUACCCACCUGGACACAUCUGCCCUCCUCUCUCUGUAACAUCCCUCCUGAUGCUUCUCACAUUGUCACUGGAAGGGGAGUGCUAGGGCUCCCCUCUUGGCAAUGCUGGGGCCGGUCCUCCCUUCCCCACCGCCUCAUCCACAGUUUCCAUAGUGUGCUUGAGUCUCAAUUCUCACCAAUCUACCCAUUUGGGAAAAGCAGGACAGGACAAAGUCUCCAGGCUUGUUUUAAAUGCAAAGAGGAAAACACAAUGAAUUUAAAAGAAAAGACAGAAAUGAAUACUGCUAUCAAAUAAACUCUGUUAACCUCUUUAACCCUCGGGUUUCUAAGGUCUCUAUAAUGCCCCUAGCAUGCAAAUAACUGCAAAAAGACUCCCCUUGACAUCCCCAAGGAUUAGCAUUUCACUGGGCUCACUCACUCCAUAACCCAGGAGGCUCCCAGCUGCCUAUCCCAUAUUCUGGCUCUUAGGUUGCAGGUCCAACUUACAGGUGGACUGUGGUCCAAAAUGCUCAUAUCUGGUCCUUACAAGCUGCUUUCCCACAGAUGCUAGAAGAUAAGUGGUGAUUUUGUUCCCAGGGUGUUUCUCAAAAGCCUAUUCAACUUGGAGAGCAUCCAAGAAAGAACAUUCACAAUGGAAACCAGUGGAAGAAGCCACCCCUGCAUGGACACUGUUGGGGACACAAGGACACCAGCUCACUGUGAAGUUGUUUUUUGCUGAGGCUGAAGUUUUCAGCAAAGGUUGUGCCAGUUAUAGACAGAGGACAAUGGCAUUGGUGCAAAUAGACGACGAGGACUGGGAUGCUGGUAAUGUCAUGGUAUAGACCUUCCCAAGGCCCAAAGAGCUCUACUCCUGCAGGACUUGAUCUUCUCAAGUCUGGAUUGAAGCAAGAUUGCUGGGAACUCCCUUACUUAGGUGCCACAUGGACAGUCACCCUCCUCCUCUGCAUCCACGGAUGGACAAUAUUCAGAAAAAAAUCCAUAUGUACUGAAAUAUGUGGACUUUAUUCACAUUAUUAUUCCCUAAAAAGUACAGGGCAUUUGUAUUGCCUCAGGUAUGAGAAGAAAUCUGGGGAUGAUUUAAAGUAUACACGAAGGUGUGUAGGUUACUUACAAAUAUUAUGCCAUUUUAUAUAAGGGAUCUGCAGAUUUUGUUAUCCACAGAGGGCCCUGGAAGCAACCCCCCUCUGGAAACCAGGGGAUGAUUGUAUCAGCCUUGAUUAAAUGCUACAACUAGUUUUAGGCUAGAGAUGUUAAUUUAUAGCUCUGAAAUUCUUAUUAGAUAUCCAAGUAAAAAUUGUACCAGAUUUACCACCAAGCCAGUGUUUACUAGCCCUUAGGUGGGCACAUGAUCGGGGGACACUAUGACAGAGUGGAAAUGUGAAAACCAAUCCUCUUGGUCUGUUUUCCUCUCUCAGGAAAAUCAAUACAGGCUGAGCCCCAGCCGUGGCGAGCCUCUCCCCUGCUCAGGAUUUCAGCCCUUUGCACUUGCUCUAUGCUUGGCUGGAGGGCUCUGCAGUCAGUCUCCAAGUGAGAUUCCAGCACCUGUAUUUCCUCCCUGGAGAGCUCCUCCCUCUCCUAGGCAGCCCAAACCAAAUUAUACCACACCCAGAACGCUUUCUGGCACCUUCAUUGUCUUUAAUUUCAGUGUAUGGAAUUAUCUUCCUCCUUUGCUUCAAUUUGUCUUGUCCUGUUUCCCUCACCUAUGUGAGCUUCAUGACCAGGGCUUUGCCCAGUGGUGUGCUAGAGCACACCCAGGACAGAGUAAGGUCUCAAUAUACCUUUAAUGGUUGGUUACUGGCAUUUUGCUUAGCCUCUGGCUCCCGAGCUUUUAUCAGCACCUACUUCUGCCCUUGUGCCUAGCUUUAACUUCAGUCCAUAUUGCCAAUGUCCCUGGGCCUCCCACAUGUUUCUUAUCAGAAUAAUUCGGACAUUUUGCGAAAAGUGAAUUGGUAUGUCUUAAACCAAGAAACUGGGAUUCUGUUGGAUGGAACUUGGCUUUGAUUCUCAGCCUGAUGAUUGAUUCCAUGUAAAAUCCUUUCUUCCUUCUACUUCUCUCAUUUCAGAAUGUAGAAGAUCCGCACUCUAAGACCAACUCAUUUGGUUCCUUCUGUAUUUUGUUCGUAAGCUUCAGAGGGGAAAUACUGAUUGCUAACCCACCCCCUAAAGCCACACUGUCCCCAGUGAUGUUUAAUGUGUAACUUGGAAACUCAGAAGCAUUCUGUAGAAAACCUCUGAUGCAGAGUACUUCACACUAAAGACAACAAGGGCCCGAGCCCUAGCAAGAUAUAACUACCCACCUCGCUUUUGUUUGUCAGGCAUGCUCCCCUUCCAUGUGAAGCAACUUGCUGCCCCGUAACGGCACACUGAGCUAAGGCUUUGUGACAGCUCCUCUGUUUUAAGCAACAGUAAAUUCACCCCCACAAAGUCAGAAAGGGAGCUUUUUGAUGGCUGCUGUCAAUUUUAUUGCUUUAUCUGGUUACUAGGGUAGAAUCUGUAGACACGGUGUGUUUAUUGGUUUUAUGUAUUGCAUGUUGUUGCUGCUCUGACAAGCUACUCCUAUAAAAAUGUGUUAUUAUUGCAUGAUGUAGCUCAGUGAGCUGACCCUGCAUUUCAAAGUGUACUGAAGCAAAUAGCUUUGAAGUCCAUAAAAGCUGACGGGCCUCCAUCAGAGAGGACUUUCUGUGCCGACUGCAACUCCCACAAUCUGGGAAAGAAUUACAUCUUCCCCUUGCCAACCACCACUGCUAUAAUAGUGCAGCAGUGUCCCCAACACAGGCAUUGCCUGAAAACUGCCAAUACAGAAACCUUGCAGUAUUCUUACUUGUCCAACUCUCUGAUGAGUAUUGAUUAUGGGAUAACCGGCUUUGUAAUGUUUUCUCAUAUUGGUAUAGGAUAUAAGAGGAAAAGUUAACAGUGUUUUCUAUUUGCUCUGAAUACUGAAGGGAUGCUUAAGGUGAACUGCAGCAAGGGAGGAUGUGGUUAGCUUCAAGCAAGCUGGGAGCGGGAUUCAAUUGUCUGAUACAUUGAGUUUGCUAGUUUUCUUCCUUAGUAAAUUACUUGGCUUUAAUCUUUGAUUGUUCAUUUUAUAUCUUCCUGACAUUUCGCUAGGAGCGUACUCAUUGUUUGCUUGACUUUUUAUUAUGAACUAUGGCAUAUGUAAUAUAAGUAUAAAGAAUAAAAGCAAAAUGGGUACCUGUA